GACUUUUUAUAGGUGUUUCACAAAUCUUUUAAUAAAAAUUGGUUUUUAUGUUUUUUAUUUGAGUACCUUAACCAGUGAGUCGGAAAACGACGCAGAGAAAUGAUCAGAAAACUCUUAUUGAUAUUUUGCAUCUUGGCAACAAUAAGCGCUCAAAUAUUUGAUUACUAUGACGAAAGUGACUAUGAACAAGAACUAAAGGACCAAGAGGCCAGAGUCAAGUCGGCCGUCAAUUCGGCCAGGAAUGAAAUGCAAAAGACCAGAAUAAAAAUUAUUCAGGAAGCUGAACAGGUCAGAUCGAAGACCAAGAGAUUAAUCAGGGAGACAACUAUGCAGCUGGAAAUGAACUUCGAUCUCAACGACUACGAGUGCACCGCGGAAUUUGAGAAAACGUUAAAGAAUUUGGAAAGAAAUUUCGACAGGCAAGUCGACAUUUGCAUAGAAACUAACGCAAACAAUGCAACAGCCAUUCAGUUAAAGCUCAACAGAACUAUUGAACAGAUCCAAGAUGAUAUGGAUUCUUUCAUACUGUCCAUGAUAGACUGCGAGAGCAUUCCGGGUUGCGCAGUGAACGGUUACAUUAUAAAACAGAUCCAGGCCAAUGCGGGGGUUCCCAGUAAGAUUUUCGCCAUAUUGAAGGAAGGUCUGAAGACGCUGAGAGAAGUGAAGCAGAGGUUCGUUCUUUGCGAAGAGAAGAACAUACGCGCCAUCAAGAGGAUUUUGAAGAACAUCGAGAGCGACUGGAGAGAUUGUCUUGACAAGCAAUAUUACACGGAGGUUAGGAAGUUUAUAGACUCGCCGCAAGGCACAAACAGAUAUCCGGAAAGUAGAUUAAAUUCCGCAAUUAUUUAAUGAUUUGACAAUUUUAUUACUGUGCUUUAUUUAUGUAAUUUAUUGGCAAUAAA